AUGGUUAGGACUCGUACAUCUGCAAGUGGUGAUCAUGAGCCUAUUCCUGCGCCUGCUUCUAGGAGCACUAUCCGAGGUAGAGGCAGGGGACGAGGUCGAGGUCGAGGUCGGGGUAGGGGUCGUAUUGCAGCAUCCGUUGAAGGACAAGUACCAUUAGCUACCCAAAGCCGUGAUAGGACAGUACCUCCUGAUGCAUAUGUUAUUCAUGGGGAUGUGCAGGAUCGUGUCGAUGGGGAUGGACCAGCUCAGGCUCCACCCAAUAUUAUUGCCACCCCAGUGCUUCAAGAUACUUUGACUCGUAUGUUAGGACUUCUAGAGGGGAUGGCUCAGGCGGGAACUUCGCCUGUCACCUCUGAUGCUUCA